UUAUUUCGCCGAAAACCACGACCAUCCUCUUGGAAGGCAAGAAGGUGAAACUGCAGUUAUGCAAGCACCCGGAAUACCGAAGAUCUUGAUCGGAAAUCGUCUGCAUUUAGAAUUCAGACGCCAGAUCUCGAGAAACUAUGCGGAACACUUUGCUGGAAAACGAAACAUGGAGUACUUCGAGGUUUCGCCUUUGGCGUCAUUCAAUGUUAGAGAAAGUCUAACUGAAUUGUCCAGGUUGGUUUUAAUGCGCAACGGUAUGGAGAGACUUUGGAAAAGUAGCAAAGGGUUUCAUAUGAACAAACGAUCUCACACAAUGGAGAAUCGCUUUUCGUUCAGUGAAUGGGCAGAGAAUCAGUGGACGUCUGAGUCGAUGAAAAGGAAGAAGACAGAGGUGAACUGUGAGGUGGUUCAUGUCGCAGUAAUAUGCUGUGGUUCAUCUGCGGUUCGUUCGCUAGUCGUAAUGUUGAAAAGUAUUCUGUUGCAUCGUCGACGUCCCCUACACCUGCAUCUUGUUACCGACACAGUUCGAAGUCAAAAUGUCUUGUCGCAUCUAUUAGACACGUGGAACGUCACAAGUCUAGAUUUCUCAAUCUAUUUAUCAACGAACUUUUCAAUGGACGUAGCGUGGAUUCCGACCUUUCAUCAUUCCUCAUUAAGCGGAUUACUGAAGCUCACGGUGCCUUCAAUUUUGCCUCAAAAUCUUAAAAAAGUUAUUUUGCUCGACACAGACCUGAUCUUUUUGUCUGAUAUUGGAUCCCUGUGGGAUAUGUUUGAGCUCUUUAACUCUGAACAGUGUUUGGGAAUCGCCGAAAAUUUAUCUAACUGGUAUCUGCGCAAGCAAAUUUCCGGUAAAUUGUCCAGGUGGCCCGCUAAGGGUACUGGGUUUAACACCGGUGUCGUUUUGAUGGACUUAGAAACUUUGCGUGUGCUAUCAUGGACUUCAUUGUAUACUCAAAUUACCAAAGAGCAGUUGAAAAUUAUCAAUGCCACUCAACUGGGAGAUCAGGACGUCGUUAAUGCUAUUAUCAAGCAAUACCCGGAAUUCGUUUUCCAGUUACCAUGCGUCUAUAACUUCCAGCUUGUCCAUGUGCAUGAAACAAUUCCUUGCUCUACUUUGGUGUCAGAUAUCAAGGUGUUGCACUUUAAUUCUCGAAAGAAAUACAGAGAAGCUACGGAUUUCGCUCAUUCUUUGUUGGUACGCUAUCAGUAUUUUGACGAGAUGAGCGGCAGUUACUUGCGUCAUAACUUUAUGGAAUGCACCGAUUUGGCGACUAAUUCAUAUGCAGUUUCGGAUAAUGUUGAUGUUUCAUUGGUGACUCAUCUUACCAUUGAAAGGUUACCAUUGCUGGAGAAAUUUCUUUCAAGGUGGCGAGGUCCAGCGUCCGUUUCUCUCUACGUCUCAGAUACAGAAGCAUAUCGUUUCAUACAGUUUCUGAAACGUAACCGCUGGCUGAACAGGGAUGAUGUGGCGUUCCAUAUCGUUUAUCGUGAAGGGGCGCUUUACCCCGUAAAUAAGCUUAGGAACGUUGCAUUGGAUCAAGUUGUCACUGCAUAUGUGUUUCUUACGGACGUGGAUUUUAUACCCGUCGAAAACUUGUAUGAAAUGUUGAUCAAAGCGAUAAGAAAUGAAGGCAAUUUAAAUAAUAGAGCUUUGAUUGUUCCUGUUUUUGAAACAUUCAAAUAUGAUUUGGACUACCCGAAGACGAAGUCGGAACUUCUGAAGAUGCUUGAUAACGAAGAGGUUUUCAUUUUCAAGCAACGGGUAUUUCCUGCUGGACAUAAGGAAACUGAUUUUCACCGCUGGAGAAACGCCAAAUUGCCGUAUAAGGUAAAUUGGCGUAUGAAUUUUGAGCCGUACAUCGUAGUCCGCAGUGAUGUUGUGCGCUAUGAUACGAGAUUCGUUGGAUACGGGUGGAACAAAAUGUCUCACAUUAUGAAAUUGCACUUCAUCGGGUACGAAUUCAUCGUCUUGCCGCACGUGUUCAUUGUACACUCGCCCCAUUUAAUCAGUAGCGAAAACACAAUGUACCGUGGGAGCCAACAGUAUCGUCGCUGCAUGAAUGCACUCAAGAUAGAGUUCAUGCAGGAACUCCAUAAACGGUACCCCCAAAAUCACAAUCGAAUCGUGGAAAUGCCGCAUAACAGUACGAAAUAGUC